AUGGAUUUACAAGAAGAAUUGAAUUAAAAAGAUCAAACAAUCAAAUAACUAGAGGAAGAGAGAAAUAUAUUGAUUUAAAAUACUAAUGAAUUAUAAACUAAUCAAAUUACAUUAGAAAAAGAAAUCACUAGAUAAAAAAGCAAUAUUGCUAAUUAUGAGGCUGAACUUAUUGAAUUGCAUAAGGAGAGAAAAUCUUGUGAUGAGUAAAUUCAAAAGUCUCAGAUUUAAAUAGAAUCUUAUGAGCAAUAGAUAACACUACUUAAUGAAGAUUUAAAGAAAGUAACCAUUCAAUGUGAUGAGGCUUUGUAAAAGCUUUAGGAAAUUCAGACUAGACAUGAAAUUGAAAUUAAAACACUUUUUGAUUAAUUAAUGAAUGAGAAAGAGAAAAUUACUGAAAUUAAUGAUGAUUAUCAAUAAAUUCUUAAUGGUAAAUUAAGUGAAAUUGAUUUAUUAAAUGAAAAACUCAACAAUUUAGAAGAGAAAAUUUAAACUAAUCUUAAAAAUUAUUAAAUUGAGAUUGACUAACUAAAUAAUCAAAUUGAAUAGACAAAAUAAGAAAAAGAUAAUGAAUGGGAAUAAGCUAUCAAAUUAUUACAGAAUGAAAUUGAUGAUUUAAAUAAAGCAUUAUAUGAAAAGGGAUAAAAUAAUACAUUUGAAUAAAAAAUUUAAGAAUUAAACUAAUAUAUUAUAGAGUAAGAACAAUAAUACAUGAAAUAAUUUGAAACUUAAGAAGGAAAAAUGAAAAAAUUAUAAGAUGAAAUAAUAAUUCUAAAUUAGUAAAUACUUGAAUUAAAAAAUAAAAAUGAAAAUUAGUUAUUAGACUUAACUGCACUUUAGUAGGAAAUAAUUAAUAAAAAUGAGAGUUGUUAAACACUUACAUAAUAAUUAGAAGAUAUAAAAUAAUAAUAAUAAAAAUAAAAUCAAUAAACUAAUUAAAAUCAUAAUAACAAUUUAUAAACUUAACAUAGCAAUACUGCUGAAAAAAUGGUUACAAUUCCAAUGAAGGAAUUAUUAAGUUGGGAUAAAAGAUCUAAAGAUCAAUAGAAUCAAAUUAAGGCAUUAUCAAAUGAAAUUUAAUUAUUAAAGAAUUCAUAAGAAGAAUAAUAAAAACUAUAAAACUCUAAAUAAAUGAAAUCUAGUCUUUCAUUGGAAGGAAUGGUUUAAAAAUGUACAGCUUUAUAACAAAUCAUUGAUGAAACAAGUCAACAAAAUUCAAAAAUUACAUAAGAAUUAAAUACUUAUAAACUAUAAAAUCAAUAGCAAAAAGAGGAUUUAAAUAAUAUUUAACAUGAAUUAAAAGAAUUAAGAGUGAUAGCCUAAGAUAAAUUUAAAUUGGAAGGAGAAUUAGCCUCUGCUUAUAUAUAAAUAUCAGAAAACAAAGAUUUAAUGAAAGUAAUAUAUUAAUAUAUAAUAUAGAAAUUAAGUGAACUUUCAUCUAAUUAUGAAAAUAAAGAGGAAUAAUUAGAAACAACCAAAAAAACUUUGAGAUAAAGUGAAUAAUUAAGGAAUAAUGUAUAAUUUAUGAUUUAUUAAAGUUAUAAAUUAAGUUCGAUGAAAUUUCAAUCUAAUAUUAGAAAACUUAAUAAGAAUUAAUAAAUGUUAAAUAAGAAAGAGAUUAAAAAAUAAUAAAGUUAAAAGAUUUAGAAAAGUUAUUGUAAUCUUAAUUUUAAGAAUAUUCACAUUUAGAAUAAAAAUAUAAAGAUUCAUAAAUUAAUUAUGAAGAUUUAUAAAGUUAGGUUAAAAUAUUGGAAAAAAAAUAUUCUCAUGUAAAAUAAUUAUUAUAAUAUUAGGAAACAGAAUAAUUAAAAGAUGAUUGUCAUUAAAAAUAAAAAUAAAUAUCAGUAUUAGAAGAAUCUAAUAAAUGUUUAACUAAUGAUCUUCUAGGAUUAAGAGAAUUAUAAUUUAGAUAAAAAGCACCUGAAGCUCCUUUAACAAAAAAAGAAAAGAUUGUAGUUGAAUCUCUUUCAUUAAGAGUAUAAGAACUUGAAAUGGAAAACAGAAAAACAAGAGAUACUUUAUGUGCAAAAAUUGUUUAAUUAUAGAAUGAAUUAGAAUAGAAAACAAACAAUAUAAAUCAAAUUGCUCAUUAAAUAUCAAAAUAAAUUCCCUCUUUAUAAGAAUAGGAUUUAUUGGAUAAAGAAGAUGUAAAAAUGAUACAAUAAUUAAAAAAAAAAGUUAAUAUUUAAGAGAUUUUAGAAGUAUCAAACAUUCUUAAAAAUAGAAAACCCUCAUUGAAAAUUUGUAGCUUAGAGACUAGAUAAAACUUUUGGGAACCGAAAUUAACAAAAGAAAAUGA